CGCCAAGCGCUCAGGAAUAUUGCCAUGUUGUAGUCAGUUUAGGUUAUUUUUGAGGGGAUAAUCAGGCAAUUCGUAUUUGAGACGCUGUAAAUAAGCAGUAGGUUAUUUCGGAAUUGCUUGCAUUGCUGAGUGACGUGUCAAGCAUCUUCGAUAACUACAAAACAUUGUAUCAGAUUUGUGUUGAUACAGUACCAACUGCAACAAAAUGUCUAAAAUGGAAGGCCCUAGCAGUAUGAGUCGCAAGACUAAGGACAAAGACGCACCAGGGGGUGAAGGAGAUGAGGGGGAAGAGGAAUAUUCAGUGGAAAAGGUUCUGGACAGGAGGAUUCGAAAUGGCAGAGUAGAAUACUUGCUCAAAUGGAAAGGAUAUUCCAAAUCGGCGUCUUACAUGAAUGGAAAUCACGACAGUCCAGACUACAUGCCUUUAAAAAACAUGACAAUCCUCAACCACGGACUUCGUCAGAGAACUAAUGCCGCUUCAUCACACCAUCGCCAAUUUGAAGAUAACACAUGGGAACCUGAGGAGAACCUGGAUUGUCCAGACUUAAUUUCAGAGUAUGAGGAAAAUAGGAAAAAGAGGGAAGCAGCAAAAAAGGAUGAACGAAAGCGGAAACCUGGCACUCCUAUAGAUGACAAGAAACCUAAUGCCAACAAGAAAAAGCAUGUUGAAGAAGAUAAUAAACCAAGAGGAUUUGACCGUGGGCUGGAACCUGAAAAGAUUAUUGGAGCAACCGACUCAAGUGGAGAAUUGAUGUUUCUUAUGAAGUGGAAAGGAACGGAUGAAGCUGACUUGGUACCUGCAAGACAAGCCAAUGGGCGCUGCCCGCAGAUUGUGAUUCAGUUUUAUGAAGAGCGGCUUACGUGGCACACUUCAAGUCAUGAUGAAGACGAGCCAGUAGUAGCAAAGGAAUCCACUGAAUGAAUGUAUUUUAUUAUGUGUAUUACUGAAGGGACAGCAGACUUUGUUACUGGUUUAUUUACUCUUUUGACUAGCUUUCUUAUAACUCUAAUUUGGUAACUCCUUGAUUUCCUCAUUUUCACAUUUCUUGCCAUGUUUGGCAAAGCACAUGGCUGCAGUCCACUUAAGGUCAGUUUUAAACAUGUUUGUCUGACACAUAAUUCAGUGAACAUUAAGAUUACAAAUUGCCUAAACAAACAUUUUACAGUUUUUCAGUACGGAGCAAUCUCUUUGGGUAUGAGAAAAAUAAAAACAUUUUAAAGUAAUAUCUGUUAACUUUUAUGACCCAGUGCUCAUUUUGCACACACAAGUUGGAAAAUGUGAUGAGACUUUUGGAGUUGUCUUCCCUGUUUCUGAUGCACACAGCACAGUUUAUAAUGCGAAGCCAAACUUUCCCACAUCAUUCAACUUCUCUCUUUAUGAUUUUCUGUGAAGCUGCAGAAGUCUUUGAUGUCAGGUCAUUGAUGUCCGUGUUGCUCGGCUGCCACAAUAUUUUUCAUUAACUCCCAAGCAAAGUAACUGGGAAGUUUCAUGUUUGGUGAACUUGGAGGUCAAUAAAUGGUUGCACCAUAGCCACACCAUGUCAUGGAUUCACAUACUUUGGCCUUUGAUCCUGGUGACAUAGCUGGAGGUUUCCAAUGUGGUAGUAACAUGUACCUAUUUUAAACAUGGUAACCAAGGUAGUUUGAGGAUUGCCUACCCAAUCAUUUCCACACACAGGUUUUCAUGUUACUGUCUUGUUUUAACCAAAAUAAUAUACCAAUUAAUUUUAGUAUGACUCUCAACAUAAAAUUAUAUGAAAAUCCAUUCAUCCUUUUUAGAGCUUAUACAUAGAGACAGCCAGACAUGGGAAAGCUUACAGUUGCAAACAUGCGUGAAAGGGGGCUAUACUUUGUCAUGUGUCACUGUGUGCCAUGCUAAUGUCUUGGACUUAACUUCUUCAUUAUGGAGACAAGGUGCAUACCACACACACGGCAAAACUCUCACUGCUCCACUGUUACAUUCCAACACUUUGCAAACAGGACACAGUUUAUUUGUUGCUGUGCUUCUGACAUUUUCUUUAGUUUGUUUUGAGUGAUAUGCUGCAAGAACCACAUUACAAGAUCCCAAGUUCAAGUGCCAUACAUGCAACAGCUUUGUACCAUUAAUUUUAUUUCCACGUUUUAUGUUUAUCUAUACCCAGACAGAUCACCCUUUAACACAAAAGUGGUAAAUUGGUGUAUUCCACUUUCACUGCCUUAUUAUCAGGUAUUUUCUCUGUAUUUUUAUGUAGCAGCCUGUGUAGUUAAUAAACUUUUUUGGCAUGAACUAACUGUAAAAAUUUUCAUCAUAUUGUGAUGUCGAUGCCUAUUAUCUAUUGACUAUUGGCUAUGGGCUCUAUGUCAACCUUGAUUUAUUGAGAAUAAAUCAUCUUACAGAGUCUACACACACAGGCAACUAUCUUAUUACAGUUUUUAAAUCUCUGUCUCUACUGAUAUGUGACAUGUACUCAGCUAUGUCCACACUGUCUGUCGAGCUGUUCUUUUCCCCAAGUUUGGCGCUCUCCACUCACACACAUAGCCCGCAGCACCCCACUGGACGCACACUGGCUCCUCAGCCACCCCGGUGCUCUUCCACACACACAACUGAUCCUCUCUCAGCCCUCAGCGCCACACCAGACCGCUCGAUGGCUCCGCACUCUCUUGCUUUGACUCUAGACUUCACACUCUUCGCUUCUAAUCCACCACACAAGACUUCAUUCACUCUUCUGCACUCUUUGCUUCUGUUCCACCAUAGACCACCAACACUCAGGGAGGCAACUCUUUAUAGCCGUCGGCAAAUCCAUGGAAUGUUCCAGGCCAAAGAUCUAGAAGAUUCGCUUUCUUGAAGGUUCUUUUAAGGAGGAGAAUACGCAAUCUGGAACAUUCUAUGGUGGCCACACCUACAGCCUGCGUCCACUAGCCAAGGAGGGGAGUUAAGCAGCCCCUCCCUUCCAGUGUGAACCGUAUGCUCUUUCGGCACCACGUCACAAUAUCAUACAUAAGUAACAGUGACAUGAGUUAAACUGCAAUUUUAAUGCACUUAAUUUUAAGAAUGACUUAGUAUUACUGCAGGUGAUAAGUGAAUAAUGUUCAGGUGUCUUACCACAAUGUAAUUUUGUCUUUGAAUUACUUAUAGGUGGAUUACCACUUUCUUAACUGUGAAUGAUAUUUUGUGAUGGUAGAAUUGUAACAACAGAUCGUGAUACAGUUAUGUGUCAGUCUGCUUCCACUGUUUCACAUAUAGCAGUACCAGGAUCUUGUAAUAAUCAUAAGUGUAUGAAAUUAAAGGCCAGUGGAAUAUGUAAUCUUCUUGUUCACACUCAUUUCUUCCUUCAGUUGUGUGGUAUGUAAGAGUAGAAUACAAAGUGCUGUAGUAUUUGUAUGAUAAUUUCUGUUUUAGAAAUGUGUGAUUUGUCGUAGAGACAGGUUUCUACGUUAAAUAAAUAUAUGAAGUCCUUCAUUAUGUACUGUAUGAAUUAAGCAACUUUAUACAGUUUAAAAAAUAAAUUAUAGUUUUUAUGUUUUUAUUUCAAUUUUAUUGCAUUUUCUUGCCUUCUAUCUCAGCAUUUUUAUCACGUGUUGAAAUGACAUUGUAAUAUUAGUAUUUGUACAGUUUUAUUAUUUCUUUCUUCAUGCAGAUAGGUAAAUGAUAAAUAAAGUGGUAAGUGACAUUAUUCAGUAAGAUAAAAAUUAUGUAAAAUCAUAUUUAGUACUUCCUUGCAAAGUGCCCACCAAGUAUCUUUGGGAAGUCUAUGAGACAAGUUUAGGGAAUUCUGUUAAUUGUAUCAUUCGUUUUGUACAGGUUAGAAGACGAGUUCUUCUGAACUGUGAAGUUACCCUGUCUCUAAUGUUAAGAACUCAACAGUUCCUUUAUUUGUUUGUUAAUAAAAGUGUAUAAGAAUAAAUCUUUUAAUUUUUUUUCUGUGA